CCAUGGCUGCUGCUGCUGCUGCUGGCGGUGCGAAUCCCAUUCAGGAUCUCUGUCAUGAAGCCACUUGCCCCAUCUGCCUGGAAUAUUUCGAGGAUCCAGUGAUCAUCUCAGGGUGCGGGCACAACUUCUGCCGAACCUGCCUGACCCGGUACUGGGGGGAACUGGAAACGGGGGCGUCGUGCCCUCAGUGCAGAUAUACGGCUCAGCGGAACAGCGUCCAGCCCAACCGGCAGCUGGCAAAUGUGGUGGAAAUAGCCAGGAAGCUCAACCUCCAGGGCGGAAAGGGGGAAGGAGGAGAGCAGGGAGUCUGUGAGAUGCUCCAGGAGCCCCAGAAACUCUCCCGCAAAGACCACAAGCCCCUCAUCUGCGGAGCAUGCGAUGAAUCCAAGGAGCAUGGAAACAAGGAUCUGAUCUGCACUCGCCUGGAGGUACUGAGGAAAGAGAGAGAGAAAAUUCUGGCAUACAAAGCCGACACGGAAAGAGAAAGCAGAGACCUGCUUCUUUUAACAGAAAUGGAAAAACAGAAGACGGCCGAAAUGUUCAGACAAUUACGGCAGUUUCUGGAAGAGCAGGAACAGGUUCUUCUGGCUCAGAUGGAAGAGGUGGAGAUGGAGAUUGCAAAGAAGAGGGAGGAGCACCUGGCCAGGCUCUCCUGGAAACUCUCCUCUCUCGAAAGGAUCAUGCAGGAGAUGGAGGAGAAGCACCAGCAGCAGCAGCCAGCAAGCGAUCUCCUGCAGGACAUUGGAAGAACCUUGCCGAGGAGUGAGAAAAUGGAGACGCUUGUGAGUCCAGUGGCCUUCCCUCCAGAGCUGAAGCAGAGGAUCACAGAAUUCCAUUAUAGAAAUCCCUUUCUGGAGGAACUUAUGAAGCAAUUCAAAGACACUCUGUUAAUGAGACAACAGUUUCAGAAAGAUAUAAUUAUGGAUCCAGACACAGCUCAUCCUCUGCUCAUCCUUUCUGAGGGUGGUAAAAAGGUGGAACAGGGAAACAAGCAGCAAGAACUGCCCGACAACAUUGAGAGAUUCAACAAACUGACUUCGGUGCUGGGGUGUGAGGGAUUCACAGUAGGGAGACAUUUCUGGGAAGUCAUUGUGGGAGGGGAGGGGAUGUGGGCUUUAGGGGUCGCCAGGAAGUCUGUGAGGAGAAAAGGCUUCUUUCCCUUCAGUCCCGAGAAAGGAUUUUGGGCUGUAGGAAAGAUUAAUCAUGGGUAUUGCGUCUUGAACCCUCCUGAUUACCUUCCUCUGCGUGGGGAGCCUGAGAGGAUCCGAGUGACUCUAGACUAUCAAGGGAAGCAAGUGUCUUUUUUCAAUGCUGAAACAGGAGCCCUGAUCCACACAUUCUUGGGAGCCUCCUUCUCUGAUGAGACCCUCCUUCCUGUGUUUUGGGUGAAGGAGAAAGCCCACCUCAGAAUUGUGGGAUAAAAGGUAAAGGGACCCCUGAUCAUUAGGUCCAGUCGUGGCUGACUCUGGGGUUGCGGUGCUCAUCUCGCUUUAUUGGCCGAGGGAGCCGGCGUUUGUCCACAGACAGCUUCCAGGUCAUGUGGCCACCAUGACUAAGCCGCUUCUGGCGAACCAGAGCAGUGCACGGAAACGCCGUUUACCUUCCCGCCGGAGUGGUACCUAUUUAUCUACUUGCACUUUGACAUGCUUUCAAACUGCUAGGUUGGGAGGAGCAGGGACCGAGCAACGGGAGCUCACCCCGUCACAGGGAUUCGAACCGCCAAUCUUCUGAUCGGCAAGUCCUAGGCUCUGUGGUUUAACCCACAGCGCCACCUGCGUCCCUGAAUUGUGGGAUAUCCAACCUCAUAUAACCAACAUGCUUAAGUCUAGUUAAUGUACUAAGGGGUUAAUGCGAUAGAGCAAGCUGUCCUGCCAGGCUUAGCUAGGGCACUCCUUUGGAAGAAGAUAAUCAAAGCCUUUAUUCAACAUCAGUCUACCUGAGAAGCUCAAUGUGUAAGGUCAGAGCAGGUUGCUGCAGCACAGGCUGCAUGGCUGUUAGAAUCCACUGUUGAGUUCCUAUACCAAUAACUUAGGAGCUUUCACCAUUGUAAUGAAGCCAGGUUUUACCGCCUGUGUUUUCUGGCUGAUGUAUGGAAAAACACAUGAACCUGACCUCUGAAGAGUUUGUAAGUAAACCAAUUUUUAACUUA